AUGGAACCACCUUCUACACCUCGUCCUUCAAAGCACCUUACGCGUGACCAGCGCCUCCGUGUCCUUUGCCUUGCCGGAGAGGGCUAUACAUACAGUCAGAUCGCUUCCCGGCUUGGUUGUACAAAAAAUCAAGUUCGCUAUACAACUGUUUCCCAAAAACCUACACCGAAGAAGAGCUCAGGCCGGAAGCCGAAGCUAUCCAAAGAGCAGCUAGAUUCUACCAUUGAGUGGAUACGAUCAAGCUUUGAUAAUCGGGCCAAGUCAUGCAAUCAGAUAGCUGCCGAGCUUCAUCUGCCUGUCUGCGGUGAAACCCUUCGAAAGGCUCUCAAGAGCCGGGGAAUGGAAGCUCAUCCAGCUGUUGUAGCACCAGCUGCACCACCGUUUCAGUUCAGCGGGAAGAAUGAUCUAUUUAGUCGACGGGUGCUAGAUUGA